CCCGCGACCCUCUGGUGGAGGAUAAAGCGGUAGAUAAUGACUGACUGAACUCCUGCAGCCCUUGUUAACCGCUGCUGCCAUGUGAUUGAUCAGAUAUUUAAGUCAAACGUGUACCUAAUAAAUUGGUCGAUGAUGAGUGUACGUAUAACGGCCGACGUACAGGUUUUCCUAACGGUUGAGCUUGAAUUCAAAUUCGAGAAACUAGAUCCAGAUUGGCCAGUGAGACCGUCCUCACCCAUGCGUGUUACGACAAGUGGAAAAAAUGAUGCUUUCGAAGCACUUGUAUGUAAGUUGUUACAAACCAGGACCGUUCUUUUCUAUAUUCACAUAUACUGAUUUAUUUAUAGUCUCAAAGUAUCAACCAAAGUAAAAUGUAUGGAGUUUACAUUGGGCGUGUGUGUUUUUCAAAUGCUCGCUCGCUUCCUGUUGUAAAUCGUAGGAAUUUACUGAGAGCAUUUGAACGCAGCUCGAGAAGUAGGAGGAAAUGAACGCUCUGUUAUGGCGCAGACUGAGGCGCUACUCCGAGCUAACGGUGCGACACGUAGGGCUUCAUUCAUCCUGCAGUCCUACCAGACUACCCUUGUCUCCACCAUGGACAUCAUAGAGGAGGACCUGACCUGCUCCGUGUGCUACUGUCUCUUCUCUGACCCGCGAAUCCUGCCAUGCUCACACACCUUCUGUAAGGCCUGCCUGAACAGCUUACACCAAGAGUCCACAAACCACGGCAUGUGGCUGCCUCCACUUCAGAUUAAAUGCCCCAACUGUCGCAGCAUGACGGGGCUGCUCCCCAGGGGUGUCGAUGCUCUACCCACCAACAUGUCUCUGAAGGCCAUCAUUGAGAAAUACCAGCGGGACAGUGUGUCACGCCCGCCCUCCUGUCCGGAGCAUGACGGGCAGCCUCUCAACAUUUACUGCAUCCGCGAUCGACAGAUGAUCUGUGGACUCUGUCUGACUGUCGGGGAGCACCAAGGGCACUGCAUAGAUGACCUGCAGUUGGCUUUUGUCAAAGAAAAAGAGACGCCGUCGUCACUGCUGGCCACACUCUCUGAGAAGAGAUGGGCAGAGGUGUGUGAGCUUGGGGAGCAGCUGGAGCAGGAGAAGGCUCACUGUGAAGCUCUGCUCAGCCAGGACAGAGAGGAAGUGAAUCACUUUUUUCAGUCACUGGACUCGGUGCUGGCCAGGAAGAGACAGGCCUACCUGGAGGCCCUCGAUAAAGCUGGAGCAGAGGUAUCACGGGCAUAUGAACCACUGAUCCACAGAGUGCAGGAACUACAGGAGCAGCAGGACCUGGUGUCUCUGGGCACAUCAGUGACACAGGACUCCCCGCUGGUUUUCCUGGAGAAGGUGCAUUUGCUCAGAGAGAGGGUAGAGGAGUUUAUUACAACCCCUCUGCCCUCGCUGAUAAACCUCUCCAUCAGCCCGCGGGCAGCUGAGUUCCUCCUGCAGCACUGGUCUGCUGUGACCAUAGGCAGCCUGGAGGAAGCUCCUGUUCCCAAGGUGAGCUGCUGUUCCCGAUGUGGCAGUGCCGAGUCAGGAAGACAUGGCACCAACAGAUGGGCAUGGGGCAUACGGCGUGACCUGCAGCCUUAUUCCCCCGUGCUGCUGCUGCUGCUGCUGGCAGUGAUGUGGUUAAACCCAGUUGGAGCCACAUCACUUGGCUUCUCUCUACUGUCUCCAUUCAGUGAGUUAGUCCACUGCCUGAACAGUGAGGUCAUCUCUCCCAUAUGGGACCUGGUACGGUCGGUGUACUCAGUGAUGGAGGCUGCCCUAGAGAUGUGGAGCGCACAGCUCUCCUCACUCAGGGUCAUGGCUGUUCAGCAGCUGAUGGCUUUAUUUAAAACUCACUGAAAGAGACAAAAGUAAAACCUUCAAUGUUUACACUCCUGAAGAAAAAGAAAAACUGUAAAAUACCAUAUAAACAGUUGUUUGUUAUUUGGAUGUCGCACUUUAUAAACAUAUUUAUAUAACAUCCUGUAUCUUCACAUUGAAACACUUUUUAAAACAUAGCCCAACACAGAAUCCUUAUCAGGUGACAGUUGUGAUAUUUCAGGUCCUUUCCAUGUUUUUGUUAAAGACUGAGCAUGUGUAAAUUGGGAAAUUCAGCUUAAGUGAAGGACCGGAUAUUGAAUAUAAUUAAAAACAUUUUUUUAGCUUCACUUCCCAGGGUUUCCUUGAGGACCAGUCAACCCCUGUGACACCACAAAAAUGUUGCAAAUAAAAAAGGCUUUUGGCAAAUUCUUAAAA